CUGGUGCUUCUGUUCGGGACCUUCCGAGCGAUGGCCACGUCUUCAGAGCGCGCCAACACCGGCAUGACUUCGGAGGCGAUCGGAGUGUCGGUCGCGCCCUCUUUCUUCCAGUGUUGCGUUCAGGACGGCUCCAAAUUCGCCAAAGUAGAGGACGUGCAGCGCUUCAAGGCUCAGAUCUCGAUGGCCACCGCUAUCAUGAAGUUCUUGAUCGACAACUUCGGCGUCAGUAAUCUCUUCGGCAGAGAUAACUACGAAUACUACGCAAGGAUUUCCGGACGAGUCCUCAAAGUGGAGGAGAACUGGAUCUUUGCGUUCAAAUACCCGCCCGACACUCACCACCACAACACUGCGCUCUCGUCGACGGACGAGUGUCAGAAAGGAGUUUCGUCUUCGCACUCAUUCACCUCUACGUCGACCACAACACCAAAUAGCCGAAGAGCCGCCGACCAGACGAUGCCGUCAUCGAUGGCCAGCUCUUCGGUGAAACAGUUGGUGCGGAGGACGUCAUCCAAAGAGAAGCGUUUGGUUCGGCGCUCGUCCUCCAAGAAAGACAAAGAGAAUGGAAACGAACACAAAGCACAGCAGCACUCGAGUGCCGGCGCCGGAGGAUAUCAGGUGUCGCCCACGAGUGCGGCCACUUCUGAUGCAAACCAAUUGGUCGGCGCUCAGACUCCCAUGUGCUCCGAGUCUGAACCAACCGAUUGUGAUGUCCAACCAAUGAAUACUUCGCUCACAUAUAAGCCUCGGAUCUAACCGUUCGACUCUUCGUUGUUUAGAAUUUGAUUACAAUUUUUAAAUCGGUUUUAAUUACAAACAGUGAUAAGAAUCCAAGAAUUAUAUGAAUUAUAUUUAUUUUCACACUUUUCUCUUUCCAUUUCAGUUCUCAAAUCACUUUUAAAUUGACUUUAUUUCCAAUUUUCUCCUCAUUUUCAAACGAAUGGAUCAAUUUUUUAUUAUAUUUUUACUACAUUUUCGCUCUUUUUUCACGCCUUUUCUAAACGUAUUUCAAUUUUAUUAAUCAUUUCAUAAUUGAUUAAUAAUAUCAAUAAUAAUAAUAAGUAAUUAGUAUUAAACAGUAUUGAAGUGAAAAUGGAUUUUAAUUCCAAUUAAUGGUCGCAAAGAGAUUAUCUCCUCAACUACUUUGACACACAAAAUCAUGUAAACUCCAUUAUCUGCAUGUCUACCGGUGCCCACAACUGUGCUAUUUUGCCUGUAUAGCUGGUUGGGAAGGCACCCGUAUUACUAGAGCACAGCAAUGGAAACCAAAUUGAGUGAAAUGACAGGCAUUCAAACUCAUCUAAAAUCAUAAAUGGGAUUACAAUAAGAUUUAGUAUUAUAUCCAUUAAUUGAUUUUUUAUAUUAUACUGAAAAGAC